UAUGAGAUCAACCGACCGAAAAACUACCAGGAAACGACUGCGAUUCAGGGGCGAGCUCACUGACAGAAUGAAUGGUAUACCCGGCGAGCCGCUUUGUUCGCCGAUUGUGUUGGAAUAUAUAGAACAGAGCGAGGAUGAAGCACCAUUGAUGUGGGACAAUUUGAAAAUUAAGAGUUCUCAAUAUUUUUGCUGCGGCGGGGAAUGGUGUCUUUCUAUACCUCUAAUACUCUACUCGAUGUUUUGUUUGAUUACAUUUAUGUAUUUAAAACCGCCUUCAUCAGAAAGUUUCCAAUGUAUUAAUUUUGAGGUCACAGAGACAGCAGAAGAAUUGAAGAUAAGUGUUUAUCAUAUUCUUGCUAUGUUGUCAUCGUUUAUUAUUCCACUACUGGCAGCAUGUAGUUGUUGUGGUUUCUCCUGGGUGAUUACAUAUUUUGACUCUUUACAACCAGGCCAGUGUCCACCCACUCCAAUGUCACCCAAACAAUAUCGGUUAGAAUCUGGUCACACAUUUCACAUAAACUACAUGAUGGCCAUAGCUAAUGGUGUUGCAGUGUUCUGCUUGACAAUGUGGUACCUACCAUGA